AUGUUAGCAACAACAGCACCAAACUCGUUAGUCAUGAAUCCUACGUCAAUGUUAGUAGAGAUGAAAAGCUUCAUUCCUUCUUCAUAUACUUUCGAAACAAAAAUCCAGAAGAUAAAGCAGGAAUUGUUAACAGGUAGUUUAGACUGUAGUGCGAAAGAUGAAACAAAUGAACAGUAUCUUUAUGACAUGCAGGACAUUAUUGACCAUUUACCUAAACUUCCUGAAAUCCAACAACAAAAGCUCACUAUUCCAGAAUUCGACGAAAUAGAAGUCAAAGCAACUGACUCAGUAGAAAUAAAGAAGUUCAUACGAAAGGUUAACUAUGAAUUCCUUGGUUUUCAUUGCAACCAUAAGGUUAUGGACAAAGAUUGCGACAUGGUAUAUAAGAAUGUUUCUGACAUAUACAAAUCUGAAGAAUUUAAGACCUACGACAACUUUGUUUCGUUAGUUGCAAAAUGUGUAUGGCAGAUAAGAGAUAAAGACAGAAGAGGUAAGGUAUGGAAUGAACAGAUAAAACCCGCAACUUUUGAGUUAAAGAGAGCAAUUGACGCCUUAGUCAUACUAGCAGGUAAGAUUUCAAUGUACAAUGCUAAAAUGAACCCACAAU